AUGUAUACUCUUUUUAAAUUUGCUCAUUUCUUCUGUGAUGACGACGAUGCUCCUGAUGAAUGGGAUCAAAGAAUUAUGAAUACAGGAUGCCACGAAGAGAACCUCAAGUUACAACUCUGUCAUGCCGAUACUGGAGACUGGAGACAGUGUUUGAAAGAAAUGCAAGAUUUCAAAAAAUGCUGGGAUGAAAAUAAGAACAAUGAAAGAACACACACAGUUAAUAACGAUGAAUAA